AUGUUUGAAAAGUCACUGGUCGACCUCAUCCGAGGCCUGCGAGGCCACAAGGGAAAUGAGGCGGAAUACAUUCAAGCCGCGCUCAAAGAAUGUCGAAGCGAGAUUCGUUCCCAGGACCUGGACCUCAAGGCCACCGCAUUGCUCAAGCUCAUUUACCUGGAAAUGUUUGGAUAUGACAUGACCUGGGCCGCCUUUAACGUCUUGGAAGUCAUGGCCUCCCCGAAACCGGCGCAGAAACGAGUUGGCUAUCUCGCUGCUGUCCAGAGCUUCCGACCCGAGACAGAGGUUUUGAUGUUGGCUGAGAAUCUACUUAAAAAGGAUCUCACCUCUCCUUCAAUACCAGUCCUAACCCUGCCGUUGGUCACCCUUCCGCACAUUGUGACUUCGUCCCUGGCACUCUCCAUUCUCACGGAGCUUCUGCCACGAUUGUCCCAUUCACAACCAGCUGUGCGGAAGAAGACCAUCGUCACGCUAUACAGGCUGGCCCUGGUGUAUCCUGAAACGCUGCGAGUCGCUUGGCCAAAGAUCAAGGAACGUUUACUAGAUGAACAGGAAGACAGCAGCGUUACUGCCGCUACGGUCAACGUCGUAUGUGAGCUCGGAUGGCGGAGACCCCAGGAUUUUCUGCCUUUGGCACCCAGGCUAUUCGACCUUCUACUGGCCCAGAAGAACAACUGGAUGGGUAUCAAAAUCAUCAAACUGUUCGCAGUCCUGACUCCUCUCGAACCAAGAUUAGUUAAGAAGCUAGUCCGGCCCCUCACCAAACUGAUUCAAGAGACAACAGCAAUGUCGUUACUUUACGAAUGCAUCAGCGGAAUUAUUCAAGGAGGAAUCCUGGAUGGCGGUGAAAGCGGCGUCGACGUGGAAGAAGUGGCCGAUCUUUGCAUUUCCAAACUAAGGGGAAUGAUCGUGUUGGACGGAGAUCCUAAUCUGAAAUAUGUUGCUCUACUGGCCUUCAACAAGAUUGUGACCACCCAUCCUACACUCGUUUCGAUGCAACAGGACGUCAUCAUGGGAUGCUUGGACGACCCUGACAUUUCGAUCAAAAUGCAGGCGUUGGAGUUGGUGUCGGGGAUGGUCAGCAGCGACAACCUACAAGCUGUUGUCAAUCGCCUUAUAAAACAGCUUGCAGGCUCAGCGGCAGCCACCGUGGGCGCCAAUGGACACGCCGAAGAAGAACAGACAGACAUGGAGCAGAGGCUGAUCCCGGACAAACGAGGAUCGGAAAAUGUCCCUCUGCCUGACGAAUACCGCUACGAAAUCAUCAAUCGAAUUCUUGAAAUGUGCUCUCACAACACUUAUGCUAACAUUACCGAUUUCGAGUGGUAUAUCGAAAUAAUAGUUCAUUUGGUCAGACACCUCCCGGCGGACAAGGAUGCGAAUUCGUCGAGAGCCACACUCGAGGAUGACACCUCUCUAGGAGCUCGGGUCGGAAGCCAGCUUCGCGAUAUCACAGUCCGAGUCAAGGAACUCCGACCAGAAACGACAAAGGCAGCUGAAACUCUAGUCUUGCUGUCCAACAGGGCCAUCGCCUACCCGAAACAUGGCACCGGUCAGAGUCAGGUCAUCAAAUCGGCAGCAUGGAUUUGUGGCGAAUUCGCCCUGUACUUGUCUAACCCAUACGAGGUUCUCAAUUCACUGAUUCACGAAUCAUCUGAGCAAUUUAGUCCCACGACCUUGGCAAUCGUGGUCCAAGCAAUCCCGAAAAUCAUUGCACGCAUUGCUACGACGGCUGACCGUGAAUGGAAUGCCUCAAGGGGUGCGACAAUGUCGCUUCUCCUUGCCAGAACUACCGAGUUCCUGGAGAAGCUCUCAUCCCAUCCCAACCUCGAGGUGCAAGAGAGAAGCGUCGAGUUCCUCGAACUUCUACGCCUAGCUUCAGAGGCGCUCUCUGCUCAGGACGGAGAUAGCCUCCAAGCACCGUUGCUGCUGACUUCUGCAGUUCCAACACUCUUCAGCGGUGCAGAACUCAAUCCUGUAUCGGCGGCAGCCCAGAAGAAAGUUCCUCCACCUGAAGAUCUAGACCUCGAUGCGCCCAUAAAUCCCGACUUGUCUACGAUUCUACAGGAUUCGCAGGUUGCGGAUGUUGAUGACCAUGGGGAUGAUGUGUUCCAGUCGUUCUACCACGACCGUGAACCCGUACAGGCCAUCACGUCGCUACAGCCGCAAACAGCAGCUGCUUACCUGGAAUCUGCCGCUGCUUCGGAGACUGCACCGCUGUCAUAUCAAUCGGCACCCGAGUCACCCAACACUCUAGCCAGGCGAAAGGCCGAGAGGAUGGCUCGGAACAAAGACGAUCCAUUCUACAUUGCCCCGUCCGACGAUACGGACCCUCAGUUCCACGACAUCAUCAGCAAGACUAACGGCGAUGAUGAACUCGACGUCGACUCGAUCCCAAUCAUCGAUCUACAAAUCGAUCGGACCCAGACAACGGCGGCGAGAGGAGAGACAGGAGAGGAGCGCAGACCGCGAAAAAAGAAACCUACCCGGCGGUUCGUCGUCGCCGCAGAUGAGACCCUCGAAGCCUCCACCGCGACCACACCCACCUCACAGUCUUUUUCGAACACGAGCCCCUUUGCCGCCCUAGACCAGGCCCAGCGGACCCGUUCACUCAGUCCCAACGCCCAACCGCGCACACAGUCUCGGCCAACCCGCACACUCCUGUCGGUCGACUCGUCGACGCUCCAAAACCUGAGCCUCGAAGGUCCCGCAGAGACCGAGUCGGAGAUCCUCCGCCGCGAAGCCGAGGAGUUGGAAAUGGCGAUUGCGCUGCGCGAGGUGGAGAAGAAGAGGCUCGAGAUGCAGCGUGAAAUUGAACGGCAGGGGACGGUGAUGGGCGAGGGGGUGGAUGCUGAGGGCACGGUCGUGAGGCGAAAAAAGAAGAAGCCCAGGCCCAAGGUUGGAUUGGACUCGGGCGAGGAACGGAUUCAGGUACAGGCAGAAGACAACGAUGGCGAAGAAGGGUCUGUCAAGAAGAAGAAAAAGAAGAAGCGGAGGCCGAAGCUGGUUGAGGAAGGGACUGAGGCGAGGGGCGAGGGCGGAGAGGUUACAGAGAUGGCAGGGGGUGUGCAAUCGUGA